AUCACACAUUCUAUGAAUUCAACCGCUUGACUAAAAGUUUUUAUAUCAUCCUGAUAAAGUUUUAAAAGUAACAACUUAGUAAUCUAGCUUGCAAGAAAGAUUUUUGCCAUUACAAUACACAAUGUCGUCGAACAGCUCGGAGUCCCUGAACGAUAUUAAGUCUCUCGUGGGAAAGAUGAUCUUCAUGCAAGUCACCGAACAUCUUUUCCUAAGGGCUCAGCAGAUGCUGGAUUCUGAAGUCACCAUAGAAGAACGUGUCCACAGAAUGGAGGUCCUUAACAACAACAUGAAGUGGUUCAAUUCCGAGCGUACACGCAUCCUAGAGCAGUUGCAGCUGAAAAUAUCCGGUCAGAUUUCGGUAGAGCAUCUUAAUGCGAUGAACAUGAGUGAGAAUGUGUUUGAGCUGCGCGAGGGACUAGACGGACUCAGCCGUAGGAUGGACAGUAUGCAAGAGGACAUUAAAUGCCCGAUUUGCCUCUCACCCUGGUCUUCCAAUGGCAGACAUCGCGUGGUCUCUCUCCGAUGUGGACACCUAUUCGGGAAUAGCUGCAUCAGAACUGCCAUCCGCAGAUCCCAUCGGUGCCCGAUAUGCAGGCGUAGGGCUCUACACGCUGAUGUGCGCAGGAUAUUCAGUCGACGAAUAAUGCAUUAACACUGGAAACCACUGCGUUAUAGUUCAAUGUUUUUUUUAUAUUUGGUUCUACAAUAUUUACACAUUCAAAACGUUUCAAUUACUUUUUUAACAAAUAGCUGCGAUAAAAAAUCAAACACUAAAAGCGAUAUUAGAAAUGGUCCAGUGUAAGAAAACGCCUUUAUAUCAGAAUGUUAUUUAAGACUGGUUCAUCUUAUAGCUAGAAUG